CCAGCUGUCACCUAUUAUUUCAGUCCCUCCGCUCCCCACUCUCCGAAACCCUCUUCAAAGGGACCAUAAUUAUCUUCCAAAACCCUAAUUCAAACGCUAACUCCUGUAGAACUCCAAAGAUGAUGGUGACCCAUGCAGGCAGCGCGCAGAGCGCGCUAUCGGAGGCAAUCAAGCUGAUCCGGUCCUCCCCUCCCACGUGGCAGUCCGCCCUCCUCAACAACGUCUUCAUUUUUGUUUUGGGUUUGCCAAUUCUGGUCUCUGGGCUAUCUCUUUCAGGCAUUGGUGCUGCUUUCCUUUUGGGCACUCUCACUUGGCGUGCCUUUGGUCCCCCGGGUUUCCUUCUCGUUGCCACUUACUUCAUCAUUGGCACAGCGGUGACAAAAGUGAGAAUGGCACAAAAGGAGGCACAAGGGGUUGCUGAGAAGAGAAAAGGAAGGAGAGGACCAGCUAGUGUUAUUGGUUCCAGUGCUGCUGGUUGCUUCUGUGCUUUUCUUUCAAUCUUUGGAGUAGGGGGAGAGGCAUCUUCUCAGGUUUUGAAACUCGGAUUUGUUGCCAGCUUUUGUACAAAGUUGAGUGAUACCGUCUCAAGUGAGAUAGGGAAGGCAUAUGGCAAAACAACGUAUUUAGUUACCACGCUUAAGGUAGUCCCAAGGGGAACAGAAGGGGCUGUGAGUGUCGAGGGAACCAUUGCUGGAUUUUUGGCAUCAUUUCUUCUUGCCUUUGGUAGUUGUGUCAUGGGUGAGCUAGGUGCAGCUGAAGCUAUAAUAUGCCUAAUUGCUUCCCAGAUUGCUAAUGUUGGGGAAAGCAUAAUAGGUGCUGCGCUUCAGGAGAAGGAAGGAUUUCAAUGGCUCAACAAUGAUGUUGUCAAUAUUAUCAAUAUAUCCAUGGGCAGCAUUAUAGCCGUCCUCAUGCAGCAGAUGGGAACAGAUUUUGCCCUAGCUCCUUCGGAACAAAGCCAGGCCACACAAAAGAAGGAAAGGUUGGCAGUCUCAAGGAUAAGCGGUUGAGCAACUGAGAAGAGC